UUUAGACUUAAGGUAAUUUGAAAUGUUUUUAGGAAGUGGGUUUGUUAUUUGUUAAUUAUUUUUAACUUUCAAAGUAUUAAUAAAUCUGUGAUUGUUGUUAAAGUAAAUAUACUGAAAAUUGAAUUGAAUACAAACGCAGUAGUGAAGUGAAAUGGUUCUUACUAUUUGCCCCAGCGUAUUAUUUUCCACAUGCCCUGUGGAUUUCACUGGGUUGACAUUAAGGUUCGGGGCUCGGAGGUGUGCAAACGUCUUCUUAUCCUAUUAUUUUAGACCUUCUUAUCAUUGUUAUCGUAUCGCAAUUUAAGAUUAUUAUCUGAAAUAUGAAAAUAAAUUAUAUCCUACUUAGUAAUUAGUUUAUGUACUGAACUAGUGAUUUAAAAAACUUACUAAGGGUGAGGAGCGAAACAAGUAUUGUUUUUAAAAUGAGACAUGCAUCCGGCCGAAAUGCAAAAAAGUGUAUCAGUGCAAGUAGGUAGUGAUUUUGCAAUUUUACUGCCUAGUGGUGUGUACGAAAUUAAAAAAAUGGAGCCAAGAUCCAAGCUUCGCAAAGUGAUUCUGUUUUGUUUGUUACUAUCUCUGUUUGGGAUGGUCGCAUUUGGAUAUUUUUGCCCAGACCAGGUUUGCGCCGUGUCCCAGAGGGAUAGAGUGUCGGAGCCGCUCGCCCUCUCAUAUGCGGAGGCCCCUGGCCGACCGCUGCCUGACGUCAUAGCUCAGCCGGGCCUCUCGUACGACGAGGUCCUCCAUGACGACUUCAGGUUCGACCUGAACGCUCAUGACGUAAUGGUCUUCUUGCACAUACAGAAGACUGGAGGCACCUCAUUUGGACGACAUCUAGUUAUGGAUCUCGAUCUUAAGAGGCCGUGUAACUGUCAGCGAGCGAGGAAGCGCUGCCAUUGUUUCCGACCGCACAGCAACGAAAUAUGGCUUUUCUCGAGAUACUCGACUGGCUGGAAAUGUGGUCUUCACGCGGACUUCACCGAGCUGACGGCGUGUGUCGGAGGUGAGCUGGACAGGCACGAAGGAUCAGCAGUGCACCGCCGGUAUUUCUACAUUACUCUCCUGCGGGAGCCUGUCUCCAGGUACUUGUCGGAGUAUAGGCACGUAAAGCGAGGGGCUACCUGGAAAGGAUCCAGGCACUGGUGUCAAGGACGAACAGCUACGGCUGCCGAAGUACCCCCGUGUUACUCCGGUGAGUCCUGGCGCGGAGUGACGCUGGAUGAGUUCACCGCCUGUCCCUGGAACUUGGCGAACAACAGACAGACGCGCAUGUUGGCGGACCUCGCGCUGGUCGGCUGCUACAAUGGCACUCUGCGUCAUCGGACAGAAGACACGGACAGGGUGGUGCUCGCUUCUGCCAAGCGGAACUUGGCAGCGAUGGCUUACUUCGGACUCACCGAGUUUCAGAAGAUGUCGCAGUACGUGUUCGAGGAGACGUUCAACCUGCGGUUCGCGGUGCCGUUCACGCAGCACAACGGCACGGUGUCGGGCGCCACGCGGGCCGCGCUGUCGCCCGCGCAGCUCGCGCUCGUCAAGCGGCUCAACGAGCUCGACUUCGAGCUCUACGACUUCGCCAAGAGCCUCAUGUUCAAACGAUUCGAGGCGCUAAAGAAACGAGAUAGCGAUUUCGAAUUUCGUUGGCGACAUCUCGGUGAAGUGGCACCUCGCAACGGAGUCACUGAGUUCGACUGGGACAGCAACCUGGAAGAUGUGACGACAGAGAGGCAUAAAGGCAAGUAGCUCACGUGCCUCAACAAAACUGGUUGUUUUAGUGAAGGACAUAUCGUGCGCUCACAGCUUUAGGUUCUUGUAUUGGUUUAAGUCUUUUGUCCGAAUCACUAAACCCUCAAAGCCCAAUUAGUAGUUAUAUAUAUAACGUAGGGAACCGCAUUCUACAAUCUUUACAUUCGAUCACACUCUAUGUUAGGCAGCUAUAAUUUCUAGGCGAAAAACCAACGCAUCAUUGACGUACGAUUGACAACUAGACUCCCGAUCGCCUAUUAAAAGGUCGUCAAAUAUGUCCCGCGGUGUUGUAUAUACGUAUAUAAUAUUAACUUAUACAGAUAAUAUUAAAACAUUCAUUCAAAUUAACACCUUUUUUCAUGGUAGUAAUGUUCAGUAUAUUAUUGAAUACGCUCAUUAGAUGCUCGGACGCGAACACGAAGCAAGAACAUUUUGUUUUAGCAAUUGAAAUUUAAUUAUUUAGCAAACUGAUUAAUAACGUCAAGGUAGUUCCCGCAUUUUGUUACUUUAAACGGGCACAUAUCUGAAAUACGAUAUCCCUUCCUUUUUAAGUUCGGAUAAAAACACUAUGUGAUUGCGUGGCGCUGUAUUCAAAGCGCGGUCGAAACACAACUGAACCAAAACUCUGCCUUAUAGACGCCGAGUCAGAGUUUUUCUUCAAACUAUUUUGAGCGUGAUUGUGAGUCUAGUUGUUUAUUGUACGUCAAUGGUCCAAAUUCACAAAAAUUCUAAAUUGUAACAUCGACCGUUGUCAUAAGUGGCACAUUUCAGUGUUAGUUUUUAAAAUGUAUGAUAUAGAAUAAAAAAUAUAUAUUUGCAAUGAAAAUUUCUAGUACCGUAUUGUUUGAGCUAUUAUUAUUGCUCCAUCUCGUAUCGUAUCUGAAUUUGCGUUGGAUUUUUGGACAACUGCGCUUAGAACGUCCAUAUUUGGCAUUGAGGGCUUAGUAUUAGCGGAUGAAAUUUCAUGUAUUUAUACGCGUGGAUCUAUAAUUAUUGUAAAUUAGCCUAAAACGAGUACAUGAGGUCUAGGUCACACAUGUAAAAUGUCGAGUGCAUAGCCUAGUCAUUCGAUAAUCCCCACUUGUAUACAUUCAUUAGCAUUUAAAUAUAUAUUUUUGUAAGCUUAACAAAUUGUAGACUUUAGGAUUAAAGUUUAUUCUAUAUUUGGGAGCUUGCGUGUGUUCGGCAGUUUAGGCUGCUGAUUAUACAUUUCUGUUAGCGUGUAAAUGACACAAGCUGUAGUUAAGGAGACGGUUAACAUAAAUAUCGUUUUGUAUUGUGAUACAACCACGAAACGUAACCGUUUAAUUUACGGCAGUUUUUAAUAAUAUGCGAACUAUAUGGUAGCGCAUGGUAUUGUAUAGGGGCUCCUUUUUCCGCAAUUAAGCCACUUAGUUACUCCAACCAUCCCAGCUCCUUCCCGAAGCUCAGAACACUCCUGGGGUGUUCGCAGACUUCUCGGAGCGACCUCAUUCAUUCAGGUAUUCAUUAUGGUUUUUGCCCGUUAGUUGGCCACCCUUGAACAUUCCUGUAAUCCUGUUACAUGAAUCACCGUUUCGUCUUCGGCCAGACAACUUCUAUGGAUUCUAUUUUAUCUGACAUGAUAUCUUAUUAUCUGACAUAUGUUAUUAUGACAAUCAACCCCGAAAAAGCUUUCUGCCUCCAUAUUAUAAUACAUAAAUCUAGUCUUACUUUAAAAAAAUACCAAACUAAUAACUAUAUGUAGAUGCUAUGGACUGAAUACAUAAAUUGGCCCUAAAUACGUGGGUAUUCUAUUCUUUUUUUGGCUUUUCAGGAAGGGCCCCAAAAUUUGGCCAAUGUCAGAAUGAGGUAGGCCACCAACUAUAUGAGUAUGGUCAAUUUUUAAGAUUUAAGAACUUCAAAAACGUAAGAGGAAGACAGUGGUGAAAUUCUGAGGAAAACAGAACUUUCAAAGUCAGUGUCAAGUAAUUUUCAUAUAAUGCUGACAGAAAUGUAUAGAUCAGGGCCUCUAUAUUACUAACAAAUUUGCCAUUUGGUUGCUUUUUGUAAUAUAGUGUAAAUAUUUAUAAUAAUAUUAAGCAUUUAUUUUAUAAGUGUAAUGAAUGCGUGAUGUUCAUUUUUAUUAAGACGACGAAAGAAGGUGUUCUAUCAAAACUGAUGCUCAUCGAUAUCGAUAAAUCGAACGUGUAAAGAAAACAAAUCGUGUUUAUUUAGUUCCAAGUUAGUUCUCAGCCGUCCGAACAGAGUUUUUUGUACGGAAACUAUAUUUUGCAAAGGUGAAAGUUGUUGUGAAGAGUAAACGAGUGAGGUUGACUAGCCCAACGAAAUAUUUAGUUUGUUGUAAGUUUAUGUAGUUAUGUUUUGCAGGAGCGUUGUGCCUUUUAGGAGCGAUAAAAAUUUAUCUAGAAAUGGUUUCAAUGUUGUUUGAUAGCUUUGCAGAAUUUGCAAGAAAAUGAUAGUACCUACUAGUGUGACAGAAGCACGCAACGUAUCAAAAUCUGAAAUAUAUUGUGCUGCACGACCGGACUUUUAGAAGCUGACAAGACGAGCAAUGCGGUUACCUGAUGGUUAGUGUUAUGUCCUGCCCAUUUCAAUGCCCUUCAGGAUUCUAGAAUUCUGAGCUGUCACUUUGGGACAUAACAGCUUAAGUCUCCCUAGCUACUGCUUCGUACUCGUAGAAGUCUCCCGCUGUAGUUAAAGAGACACAAAUCGAGUUGAAACAUUCUCAUUAAUUUCGAGAGCCAAUGAAAACUGCAUGUUUAAUCGUUCAUAAAUUUUGGUUACAAAUUUAACUGCGUUUUUGUAAGCUGUUUCAUAGUUCACCAGCCGGCCGUUAUAAAUGCAGAUGCAUUUAUAUAAUCAUAUCAUAUAUUAUGUCGGUUCGGUAUCCUAUUCUGCAAGCUCAUGUGUCACGGGCGAGUGUUGUGUGUGUGUAUUAGGAAUUCACACAUUAUUAUUAUAAAAGUGAAUCUUUUUUAUCGCCGUAUGAGAGAAAUUCGAUAGCAAUGUCGUCGCGAUUUUCGAUUAUGCGCCAUGUUUUUUUUUUGUCAAAGUUCAGUAUAGUGACGUAAAGACCUUUGAAAGUGAUGAAAUAAAAAGACUUAUUUGCAUGCAUGUGCAUGUGCAAUAAUAGAAAGGCUUUAAUUUGAAACGGAUUUUUUUUUCUUAAGACUUAUCUGCCCAAUUUGUGUGUAGUUGCACAAAGUAGAAAAAUGAUAUGUCAUAAAGAAGUUUCACUUGUUACCUAUGUACUGUGUACUGGUUGGUACACAGACAUACUUUUUGCAAGGUUAUUUACUAAACUUACUUUUAAUUAUACAAUUAAUAUGUUGCUGUAAAUAUUUAUACCAGCUAGAAUGUUGUUAACUUGAUGCGGUUUUAAGCGGAAUGGACUGUAAAAAAUUAAAUUUAUUAAUGCUAUAAGCCAAUGAGGAAAGAUGUUGUGUGUGGUUUACAAAGUGUGAAUAAAUUGGAUUAUUUUGUUUUAAUUAAAUAUGGUUGUUGCUUUCAUCUUAGAGUAUUUACCAAUCAAUAGCAAGCCCUAUAUGAAACAUGCUGUUUUUAUUAUUCACAUUUGAUGAGAAAUUUUCACAUGCAUUUAUUUGAUCUUAGUAUAGAUCAACAAUUCAAUCAUUUUCAAAUAUAGUUAAAUCAUUUUGUGUUUCAUGUUCAAUAUUUUUAUUGUAUUUGAGUGUCUAACGACAUGGUCGUAUUUCACGAUUAUGUGAGUAAUUUCUGAAUAGAUUUCGAAUUUAUUGAUUCCGAGUUUUCAUUUACCACUAAAAAAACCCCAUUUGUUGUAUCACCGCUCUUCGACAACAUCUCCCUAAAAGCUUCGCCUAGUAUCGGAAUACUGGGUCUCGAAAUCUCGAGCGAUUGCCAAUUUCGUGGCCAUCUGGAGGGCAAAGCCAAAUUGGCUUCAAAGAAACUGGGCGUCAUUAAUAAAGUACGGCAAUACUUCAAGCCGGCCCACAUUCUAGCGCUGUAUAAAGCGCAGGUCCGGCCACACAUGGAGUACUGCUGUCAUCUCUGGUCUGGCGCACCCCAGUGUCAGCUCGAUCCAUUUUACCGCGUGCAACGUAGAGCAGCUCGAAUUGGGGGCCCAACGCUCUGUGAACGGCUGGAUCACUUGGCGUUGCGUAGAGACGUCGCUUCAUUGUGUGUCUUCUACCCAAUUUAUCACGGGGAGUGUUCCGAAGAGCUGUUUAACCUGAUUCCUGCCGCCGAAUUCCACCUUCGCACGACACGCCACAAGUUGGGAUAUCAUCCCCACCAUCUGGAUGUGUGGCGAUCCUCCACAGUACGGUUUACAAGGAGCUUUCUUCCACGUACUACAAAGCUGUGGAAUGAACUUCCUUGUGCGGUGUUUUCGGGACGAUACGACAUGGGUACCUUCAAAAAAAGCGCGUACACCUUCCUUAAAGGCUCCUGUGACUCCUCUGGUGUUGCAAGAGAUUGUGGGCGGCGGUGAUCACUUAACACCAGGUGACCCGUACGCUCCUUUGUCCUCCUAUUCCAUAAAAAAAGAGCGUCCCAUUUGGAUAAAUACUCUAAGGUUGUGUUAUGUGGAAAUUGGUGUAAUAAUAAGGAUCGAUUUGCGGAUUUAAUUUUGAAAAGAUUUAAUAAUAACAUUAAUAAUUAUUGUAAUUGCACGUAGUGAAAACCCAUUGCAUAGUAUAAAUGUUAACAGAAGUACCUACCAAUAUUAUAGGAUCUAUAUAUAUAUAUAUAUUCACCUAUUGUAUUAAUUAAUACUGAUAAGUGGCAGUCUAUUCGCUAAAACGACUUAUUCCAGGGAACCUUAUACAUUCUAAUACCCUAAACACAUGGUCAAAUUUGGUACGGCCGGAGCAUCAGACGGUGCGGUGGGCGCCUCACACCAAUUGGUCCGGCGUUGUACUCGUGACGGACGGAAUAAUAAUAAUUUAGUGCCGGUGUCCGGUACCGGAGUGUGUCCGAUGGUUCGGGCGGACCAAAUCCGACCAUGUGUUUAGGCUAUAAGAUCUAAAAUGAAUAACCGCAUCGGUGGGUCUGUUGCUAUGUCGUUAUCACAGUUAUCAUGACAACAACUCAUUACUAUUAAAUCAAUGUAACUGACCCACAAAUUUAUUAUGUAAGGUAUUGUAUAAAAUGUAUAGUUCUUUUUAAUUCUCAGUUCGUAGCCAAAGAGCAAAAUUAUACGCUAAAUAAUCAUUGUAUAAAACAUUUAAAAUAAGUUUAUUGAUAAUUAGAUUAGGUUGUAAUUGCUUAAACGAGCAUUUGUUUUGACAGCUUUAUAAACAAUGUGUUCAUGUUACUGGUCUACAGUGAUCCAAUAACUUUCAUCGUGAUAGUUCGUAGCUAUUUUCUAUUUCAAACGUUAUUUUCGCAUUCCCGUUUAUAUGAAAAAAGUAUCAGUUUUAUUCAAGUAAUUUUCACUUUUGUGUAAGAGCUCCAGCUCACAAAAAGCUGUAACGUGGCGUUUUUUUUGUAAAAAAUGUACAAGUUAUCAUGUGUCUAUCACCAUUAACUGGCAAUAUACUAGUGUAUACACUUACAAUGCGAGUAACCGAUUUUGAGUCGUAAAAAAUCAGUCACUGUUUAUAUUACCUCCUUAGUGUUUCCAAUUUUAAACCACUAGCUAACGCACACAGAGACAAAUCAGAAUUGGUCACAUUAUCGGGCUAUCAGGUCGUCUAUACACUAGUAUAUUCUAACCCCCUUAUUUAUUCAUAAUAGUCUGCUAACUUAAAGCAUUGCUAAUUCUCACUCUGCCUUCUUCUAUUGACCUAAGUCAGAAUGAGAAAAAACACUCCUUAGCGGCUGUUUUAAGUUAGCGGACCAUUAUGAAUAAGGGGGUAAGUUUAUGGUUAUCACCAACAGUUUACGAAAUUUAUAAUGAUGAGACAUGGAUUAUGAGCGAAUCUAGAUCAUAAUAUUAAUGACAAUAUAAGUACAGUAUUAUUGUAAAGCUUAAUACAUGAUCGGAUUUGGUACGGCCGAACCAACGGGCACGGUCCGGUACUGGACCAUAUUCAAUGGUAUGUCGUAUUGUCAAAAUUAUUAUUAUUACAGUCCGUACGAUCGUCCGUCGUACCGAGUACGACGACACAACCAUCUAGUAAGAGGUGCCCCCGUACCUUGCCAUGCUCCGGUCGUACCAAAUCCGGCCUUGUGUUAAGGCUUUAAACAUGACACGCAACACUAAAACUUAGUAUGAAUUUGUAAGGAGAUAAAAAUGACAAUUGGGUUAAGAGUGUUUUAAUAAUGAUAAUUUUCCAAUUGAAAAAAUGAAAAACUUCAAAAACAAUACAUACAAAUAAUACAACAUAAAAAACGAGCGCGAGGGGGUGAAAGAGAUAAUGUGGCCGUGUAGGAGUUUGGAUUUUUUUUACGGAGUCUUUCUUCAUCAUUAUACUUAUUUUAUUUUUAAUCUUUGCUAACGGCGGUCAACCUUUAUAACACGAGUAGAUAUCCUUUAGAACAAAAACAUGUUCCUGUGAUAUACUUUUACUACAAUGUUUUUAAAGCUAUUCUCAUUUGUGAAUUGUAUUGUUUUGUAAAUAUUGAAUUUUUCUAAUAAAUGAGCCGUUUUUUUUGUACAACAUUGAUGUACUUUUUGUAGCACUUUUGUUAUAUUCAUAAUAGAUGAGAACUUUUACGCUUAGUUUUAAGUAUUCGAACAGGGCACAAUAUACAGUUUAAUUUUUAAAAUGCUUGCGCUGACGCGCCAGCGUGUUUUCAGUCUGUGUGGAGUGAUUCUUACACACUUACUUAUUAAUGAAAUACAACUAUUAAGCCAAAUUCUUGAACGAGGAAAAUAUUGAAUUAUAAUAAAUAUGACACUGUGUAUGUUUACAGCGAUAUCUUUUGCGGUGCUCCAAUGUGAAGGUAGUAAGUACCAUAUUAAAUUAGAUAUAGUUAUUAUGUUCCCGACUGAACCAAAACAUAGUUGGUAUGUGUUGUGCUAUAAACAAAAAUAAAUCAAUAUUGAAAUAUU